AGGAAUUCAUGUCAUUGACUGCGAAUUCUGUCACAACUAUGUUUGACUCCUCCGUUGAUCAAAAGAAGUCAAUUUUACCUACGCCUCUUACUCACACUAAUGUAUUGCAAGAUAUUAUCAAUUCCGUGACGAAUUACCUUAUUGAUGAAAUUAUAUUUUUUAAAGAUCACAUGGGUAUAUACGAUGAGGAAUCGUUCGCUUGUCAAAUCGCAAAGUUUUAUGUUGCUGUAUCAGAGUAUGACACGAGUUCAUUUAUUCCUUCUCCAGUCGUAACCACUGAUUUAAAUGGUUCCAAGAUGUUUUAUUGUACUUGGGGUGCUUUACCUUCUAGGUGGUUGUAUGUCUUAAACAGUCCUACAGAUAUUUAUGGUGACGUCCAAGAAAUUCUUGCUGGAAUCCGUUAUGCUUAUGUGAUCUACUAUGAUCUUCGUGACGCAGUCAAGGCAUAUAAGUUUCUUCGUUAUCAAGACGCACCUCAUAAUCAGCGAAGAUUGGAAAUCCAGUUUUCUUCUAAACAAUGCGCUGUGCAGGAAUUGUCAAAGAUCAAAGGUAAUGAAUGUGAUUGGGCGAACGAAGGUGUCAUCAUGGUUUCUUGGAUUGGUGCACAAUCAAUUCAAUAUACGGUCUUGGAUCGUUUCGCUCAAGUGGGUACAAUUAGAUUUGCUAGAUCAUUCUUAGUCGGACAAACACUGGUCUUUUUAAUCGAAUAUUAUGAUACACGCGCUGCUCGAGCCUCCAAAGAAUCAAUAAACGGCAUAAUUAUUGAGGGGGUUCAAAUCCGUGUUCAAUAUUACGAUGCUGGAUCACAUUCAUGGGACGUGGUUGCUGAAGACUUCAAAUAUCAUCAAAAAACUGGUUUGACCAUUCCCCCACCCCUAUGCCAGUUCCUGGUUGCUCCUUCACCAGGCCUGGAAAAUAGGUCACAGGUUUUUCCAUCCCCGCCUGAAAAUAGUACCGUGAUCUCGUCUGGUAACAGAACUAUCCCAGAAAGGAAUACUCUAGAUAUUGAAAGAAUUAAAAAUGGCCUUGACGAUCGUACCACGUUCAUGAUCAGGAACAUUCCGAACAAGUAUACUCAGCGAAUGCUGUUGGAUUGGCUUGAUGAAACCCAUUGUGGUCAAUACGAUUUCGUCUACUUGCGUAUCGAUCUUAAAAACAAGUGCAAUGUCGGAUACGCUUUUAUUAACUUUGUAGAUAUUGGUGUCGUACCUUCUUUUGUUGAAGCACGCGUUGGAAAAAAAUGGUAUUGGAAUUUAUCUUUGGAUUAUUUUGCUUUGUUUCAUAUACUGUCGUAUGCUACUUUUUAUUUAUAUGAAGACGUGGCAAAUGAUGAUCAUGAACAAGAUGAGGAUAGAAACCAUAAUUGUUUUGCUAAGGCUCGAAACCAUAAAGUUGGCAGCUAUAAAUAUUUCGAAUUCGGUAAUCAUAGAGUUGAUUAUGUUGAUUAUGAUUUCGGUAGUGCACGACUUGAUAAUGCGGAGAAUCGUGAGACUGGAAAUCAUUAUUGGUUUGUUGAGGCACGAAACCAUAAUAUUGGGAACUACAAUUAUUUUGAAUUUGGUGAUUAUAGAGUUGAUUAUGUUGAUUAUGAUUUCGAAUAUUGUUUCGGUAGUGAACGACUUGAUAAUGCGGAGAAUCGUGAGGCUGGAAAUCAUUAUUGGUUUGUUGAGGCACGAAACCAUAAUAUUGGGAACUAUAAUUAUUUCGAAUUCGGUGAUUAUAGAGUUGAUUAUGGUUUUGAACACUAUUUUGAUAGUAAUUGUUUUGUUGAGACUCAAAACUAUUAG